AUGAGUCUUCUAAAUGCUCGUAUCGAUCAGAUGGACAAGGAUUUCCGAAACGAAAUCAAGCAGCUACGAGACCAUCUCUCCCCCAUGAAUACCACACAACUAUCCCUCGACGUCAAAAGUCUCUGCGAACAAUUUGAAGAACUUAAACUUCGUCUCUCCAGUAUCGAUGUAGCAAGGAUCACAACCCGUACCGAGCAGCCCAGUCACGACGAUACAGCAAGGACCACCGCCCGCAUGGAGCAACCGAGAUCUGAGCUGGACAGAAUUCGAAGGCAACUGGUCGAAACAGAGAAGGAGCUCCAGACGAUUCGGAAUGAAACGCAUGAAGUCAACGCGCUGAUUGAGAAGGAAAGGCAAAGGGACCGGAGCACUGCGGCUCUCGACGACUUGAAGGUGAAACGGCGCCGCCUCAGUCAAAGGAGUCGAGACUAG